AUGGCGGCGGGCCCCGCGCCGAUGGCGAUCGCGACGCGGCAGAAGACGUCCACCUGGCAGACCUCUGCGGGCUCGCUCAGGGGCGGGGGGCCCCGGUCGGGCGAGACGCCACCCCGGGCCUGGCUGGCAGGCCACCUCGAGUGGGUGAUCUGCGGGCCCUCCGGGGUCGGCAAGAGCGUGCUCAUCAAGAAGCUCCUGGAGGUCUUCCCGGGCAGGUUCGGCUUCUCCGUGUCCCACACCACGCGCGGCCCGCGGCCCGGCGAGGAGGACGGGGUCGCGUACCACUUCACGGACAUGGAGGCCAUGCAGCGGGGGGUCGAGGAGGGCAGGUUCAUCGAGCACGCCCACGUCCACGGCAACAUGUACGGCACCUCCCGGGAGGCGGUGGAGGCCGUGCGCAGCAUCCUGGACAUCGACGUGCAGGGCGCCAAGAGCAUCCACGAGCAGGGCCUCUGGGACGGCACGAGGUUCAUCUUCAUCAACCCGCCCUCCCACGAGGAGCUCGAGCGGCGGCUGCGGGGCCGGGGCACCGAAACGGAGGAGAAGAUCCAGAAGCGGCUGGGGAACGCGAUGGGGGAGAUCGAGUUCUCCAACCGGGUGUCGUUCUUCGACCACAAGUUCAUCCUGGACGGGCUCGUUGGUGACAACACCCCCGAGAACGUCCUGGACCUGAUCCUCCUCCUGAAGAGCUGGUACCCGUCCCUGGAGGGGAUGGCGCCGCACGUUGGGAUUCUGAAGGACUUCCGCAGGGUUCACCCGAGCGGCGUCAUGCCGCGCGACACGUUGGAGGAGGUACUGCGUGGGGUGAUCGGCCAGGCGGGCCAGACGGUCACGGACAAGGAGCUGGCGAGCAUGCUGAGGGGCUGCGGAGACCGCGAGACCGUGGACUACCAGGCGUUCGUGAAGAAGCUGUUCACGUCGUCCUGA